UAAUUGCUUUUAAUUUAAACUUUAGAUUGUUCAAAAUUCGUCAUUGCCCUGAUUUCAAAUGAUUAUCUUCAUUCAAAAGUUUGCAAUGAGGAAAUUUGUUUAUCCAUUGCGCUUCAACUUCAAAACAACUGCAAGAUAUGGCCACUCGUGAUUGAGCCACUUCAAAAGAACAUUGAAUGGUUGAAUAUGCUGUCACCUGUAAACUGUUAUAAAGAUAGUGGAGAGGAAAAUAGUACCUCGAUGUCCUUUGUAUGUAAUCAAUUCCUGGCUGCUUUUCAAGGUAAUAUUACCAUCCCUGGCUAUGGGUGGUUAAUGAAAAGUUACUAUAUGUAUUGUAUUACUAAUUAAUGUAAUAUUACUGUUCUAUUUCAAUGUUUUAUAUUCAUAGGUGAUGCAGGAAACGGGAGUUUAUCUGAAGAUAUUGUCGAAACCUCCUUACAAUCUUGUUUGGAAGAAGCUAGAUCGUUGUUUUUCGAAAAAGAUUUUGUUUCAUUGUUUGCCGAUACACCUACUGAUACUGCUUUAAAUCAGGAUAAGGUGCCCACCCCUACGUUGUUGCCCAAGGAUCCGAAUUGUGACGUAGAUAUUUAUAUUAUUUGUUCUUCAGAAGAUGUUGAAUCUUGUUCUCUGUUACAGAACUGCAUUACGUCGCAAAAUGAGUCUUUUGUUGUGAAAAUUUCUACCAACGAGAAUGCUUCCACUCGUUUAGCAUAUUUAGAUAAAGCCCGUUUGGUCAUUUCCUUGUUGUCUGUUAGUUUCAUACAAUCGUCGGAAUUGCUUCAUGAGUUAAAUAUCGCUUGGUGUCGUCAAAGAGAUUGUUCCAAUUUGUGUUUUUUAGCGAUUGUUUUAGAGCAGUUACCAAAGAAUCCAACAUAUGUCAGCCUGUUUCCUUGUUUUUUCAACUGUGAAGAUAACGUCUGGACAAAAGAUCGUGAAAUACUUAAUUCGUUUUCUUCAGAUGAGUUAACUCGAGUAUAUCGAAGUUGUCAAUGCCCUCUCAAUGUUGUUCUUUGCUGUAUGACUGCUUCACAUCACAUACAAAGAUGGCAUGAUGGAGAGCACUGUUCCGUGCUUGGAAUACACAACAAGUUGUUCAAUUGCCUUCAGCUCAAUAGGUGCAUUCAACGCUAUAAUGAAAUAUUGUCAAAACGUGAUAAUAAAGAAGGAGAAAAUGGCGCUACGGUUGUUUCUUGUUCUGGUUCAAAAGAAUGUAAUACCGAGUCAGUGGCGAUCCCUAGUGUGCAAGAUGAGGGAAGCCAGCAAGAGGAUGACGGUUUAUCUGGUUCGCAAGAUGUUCAUCAGAAGGUUGAACAUGACUAUUGUGAACAGAAUGAAGAUCGAAGCGAAGAUCAGGUUCCACCACAAGAGGUAAAAUUAGCCGAAGAACGAAACACGUUUCUACCAACAGCUGAUCUAGAAGAGAGUCCUGUUGUAAAACUUAAGACAAACCAACAAGGAGAAACUAAUAACUCUUUAUGUGCUUCGCGAGAUGUUCAUCAAAACACAUAUAAUGAAGCAGAAGCGAUUGAUAAGAAGGAAGAAAAUGCUCAGAGUCUAUCUGGAAAAAAUAAGUCCUCAGCAUGUAUCAUAAUUUGAUAGAUUCCAAGAUUGUUGUGUGCUGCAGGAAGCACGGGCACUUGGCAUAAUAAUAUUGUUCCUGUUAAUCCCCAGUAUAUCGAAAGAAAGUACCGUUGACGUUGUGGUCUUUGUAAACAUUCUCAUUUCUAAGAAUGGAGAAAAAAAUUAACAUUUAAGGAGAAAAUAACAAAUACUCGUCGAAGACGACAUUGGUUUUGCAUUUUUUUGUGGCCUUUUUCGAGGCCUUUUUGGUAUAUACUGUCACUGUCUUUCCUGACCAUAAUUUAGACAGUUCCUCUUCGCUUAAAGGGGCCAAUCUACUACAACCCAUUUUGAGUUUGAACUUUAAUUAUUGAACUUGUUUGUAACCCAAACGUUAAAUUAGAUAUUUUUUGCAAUAAGAUACUAUUGUCUGAACACACGUUACCAAAACGUAUAUCACUCAUGUUAUACAAAUAUAUAUGUACAGUCGAUUUCAACUUACUUUUCACUAAAAUGUUCCGAACUUCGUUCCGAACUUCGUAAAUUCGUUGCCAAGUUCAAAAGUUCAUAAUGAAAUUCACAAACAGCUUUGUAAACAAAGCCUCUGAUUGGCUAUUAAAUCAAACCAGCCAAUCAAAUGCCCAGUUUGCAAACCUGUAUAUAUAUAUCUAUCUAUCUAUAUCAAUCUAUUUGCGUUGUUUACGCGGAAAUUCCUAAUCGAAAUGUGGGAGUGUGUGGAUUACUAAAGCUUCGGAUACACGAGCAAUAUUUUUACUGCGAUGGUUACGCAAUGGGUGAUAACAGCAUUGCGUUGCCGUCGCACAAGGUGGCUACACCUGCAAUAUUUCACCUGCAAUAUAUGUCUUCAUAACGCUUUUCAUUGGCUGGUCAAGAAACGUGUCAUUCAUCAACCUUGACCUUCCUUGACCACACCUCCCAAUUUUCGGAAAUCAUUGCCGAAAAUCAAAUGAUUUGAAAUUUCGGCAACGAUUGCGCGCAGCUUUGCGUUGCCGUCGCAGAGCAUGAUACACAAGCAAUUUCUUUCUCGCGACGGCAAUGCAACGAUUUUACCUGCAUUGCAUUGCCAUUGCCAGAAAAGUAUUGCCCGUAUAUUCGUAGCUUAAGUAUUGUUUGCGAAAUUUCUUCCUAUAAGUGUCUAAACGCGCAGCACGCCAUAUGUAUUUUAAAUAAGCACGAAUGAGAAACCAUGGUGGCAGUUCACAGAUAUGAAUAAACUCGACAACACAAAUCAAGUACGGCAUUAAAAGAACAUUGGGUUCUUGUUUUAUGCAUAAUACAUGCCUUUCAAACUUACUUUCAGGUUGACAGCCAAUAAUCACAGCGUGAAAAGAUGGAAUCACGAUGGGCCCCAAGUCAAAUCAGAAAUUUUCAGAGCUCGGCUACCUUUGCACAAAAAUAUGCAGUGAUAAAGAAUUCUUAUAAUUAGGUAUAUGAAAUAUAAAUGCUUUCAUGUAUAUCGCCAGAAAGAAAUAAAGCUAUCCUUACUUGAAUUAUUCAGAAUAUUGUCAUCGUUUGCAUCGUGAAAAUCCAGCAUGCACUGAAAUCCUGAGAAAAAUCACGAGUGCAAUAGAGUUUGACCGCCCUUCUCGUUUAAA